UUAUGCUCAAGCUGUCCGCAAUCUUCCAAAAUACCUUCUCGUCUAGCCGAGAGCACGCACCAAUAGACAAUCUAAUCGGCGAUACUUGAGCGUCCAGUUCGCUUCGUCCAAAGUGGUUCUACUAGAAAACACUCGUAUUCGAAGGGGCCUCAUCUUCCUGAACCGUUUUUUUUUUGGCAGUGAUCGAAUAUUGGCGUGCAAGAAUAUCCGUUCUGUGGGCGCUUCUCGUCCAAUUGCGUCUCAAGCAUUGGGUCUUGAUGUCUCUCCAUACGUCUGAAACCACCGUUCCACCGUUACUCGAAGCAACUGUCAAAUUUCAUUCCAGACUGCUGCGAUGAUGUCCACUGGACGGCGAAGCCUCCUAGAUGCAUUCGCACACGCGCGCUAACUUCAGUGUGUAGCCUCAUUUUUUUUUGCGUCGCCAGAAUCAACUGCUUAUCCAAAAUCCUACCUCGGACGAAAGCCGGUGGCCCCAAAAAAACCGGUGUGUUUACAUAGAUGGCGACGCAACGGACGGAAAUGUAUGGCGAAAAAGCCGAAGAAGAGUAGCGGUGAAAACUCAUCCCGAAAAUCGGCAUCGGGAACGGAUGACGAAUGUGUUCGAUCUCGAUAUAAACGAAGAACAGUGCGCGCCCGUACCACAUUCGCACACCGUACGACCCGUUGGACAGAGUGCGCGCGAGAGAGAGAGAGAGAGAGAGAGAGAGAGCAAAAGUGAGAAAGAACUCGCACGCGCAUAUAGAACGUCCACUAUGAAGGCGUUUACACUAGCUUUACUGGUGCUCGGCACCAUCCAGAUAUCGACAGCAUUUCCACGGCCCGACUUUGGCAUCAAUGUACCGGUGUACGGUAGUGACAGCGUUGCGCUUACCGCACAGGAAAGCGGCGCCCUGGUAGACAAAGUGAACGACAAUCUGGACGUGACGCUGUCCUCCGGCUACGCACUGCUCACCACCAUCAAGACGCAGCUGGUCGGUAUUGCGAACGAUUUCACCACCGCGGGACUCGCGCUGACCAGUGCGAUCGAUGCACUAGCCACCAGCACCGGGCCACUGGACGAUGCGUUCGGUGCAUUCAUUACGGCCCGCAACGGAUUCAGCAUAUUCCUAAACACCCAGCUCAGCCCCUACUUCAGUGCGCUGGACAGCAAUCUGGACAACUCCAUCACCACCAUGCUAAAGGACGCGCUAACCGAUGUGUUCGUUGAACUAGGGACGCUCAAUUCGCUGCUGAGCGACCUUCAGCUGAAGCUUCGAGCAGCCGUAGCUGCGGCCGGCUCUAACGCACCCUCCAAAACGAUCCUGCGCAAGUUCGUACCGACCGCACUGACGUCCGACAUCGCCAAGAGCGUGAUAUCGCUGAAGGCACUGUUCCCGCUCGUCACGUACAUUGUGGCCAACUCGAUCGAAAACCUGAAGGUGGCGGACGAUUACAUCAUCGACGCGGGUACGGUCGCCACCAACGCACUGGACGGCGUCAACAAGGGUCUGGAAGCGCUCGAAGCCGAAAUCCAGCAGUACGGUGUCGAUACGGCCCAGAUCACGGCCCUGCUUGCGCCGGUGAUUGCGAUAAAUCUGGACAUGUCCAGCCUGGACCUGUCCGGCAUUCCGCCGAUCGAAAGCGAAAUCAACGAGUACAGGGAAACGUACACGACCGAGGUGUCGUCCACCAUCGCCGCGCUCCAGGAGAUCUACGAAGAGUACAAGACGGCCAUACCGCUCGUAUCGGACGGGCUCGCUGCAUUCUACAGUGCCAAGGCGUGCGACCACCUCUACCGGCUCGUGCUGGUGCUGAUCUCGAACGGCAAGUACGCGGACUACUGCUACAGCAAGUACAGCCCGCGCACGUUCGCACUGUUCGAGGAGCAUGCGCGCGAAGCGAACCGGUGCGUCGAUCUGGAGAUUACGCGGCUGCUGAAGCUGCAGGAGACGCUGCUCGCCAUCGCCAAGCUGCUGGUGUUUAACAUCGAGGACCUGCUGGCCGAUAUCAAGAUCUGCGUCAAAUCGCCGGCGCUGUGCAACGUCGAGCAUGUCGAGUCAGCGUUCCACGCGGUGCACGAGUCCGCGCUGGCCCACCAGGUCUCGAUGAAGAACAUCGUCAAGGCCGAAACGGUGGCCAGCCUGAAGCGGGUAAGUACGUGCUUCAGCACCUCCAAGUAUUUGCUCGUGCUGGACACCAAUGCGAUGGUGACGGAAAUCAACAGCUGCGCAGCGGAUGGACCUACUGCGACGUAAGCGCCGGGUCCCGUGCGGCAUAAGCAUAACGGUCGGCGUGGCGGGCCACCAACAAACGAGAUGAAGCAUCGAUUCUGAACGUGCCGGACCUUUACAAGCAGCCACAGCAACGUGCGUACUCCCACAGACUUAGACGCAGGGGGGGGGGGGGCAAUAACAGCAGCAAGCAAAACAAAACAAAACAAAAAAAAAGCGCGCGGUCUAAAUUCUUCCGAAAAUUUCCAUUCUCAAUAAACGCACACGCCAGACGUGCGCUGUUGACGCAGAUGUGUUGAUGCAGCUGAA